AGGCGGUGGCCACGCCCCCGUGGUCCAGAGGGGCGGGGCCGGGCGGGGGCGGGGGUGGGGUGCCUCCGUGGGUGCCCCAUAGGCCCGGGGACCCCGAGGAGCCCUUAAAGGAGCCCCAGGGGCCCCACGGCGGCGUCCCCACCCCGGCCGGCCCCAGCCGCCGCCGCCGCCGCCCCGGACCCCCGGCCCGGCAUGGAGCCCCCCGCCGCCCCGGACCCGCAGCCCGGCCCCGUGCCCGGCCCGCGGCCGCCCCGCGCAGGCUCCCCCGGCCCCGGGGCCGCCGCCAGCCCCCCGCCGGGGCCGGAGGCGGCCGGGGGGCCGCGGGGCGCGGGGCGGAAGAGCGCGGACCACUGCGAGGCGCGGGCGUCGCGGCCCGGCCGCAGCCGCAUCCCCGGCCGCGACCACCGCCGCUACUACCACGAGCGCUGGCGGGCCGAGUACCUGAUGGAGUUCAACGCGGCGCGGCACGGCAUGCGCUGCAUGGUCUGCGGCAGCGCCCUCGCCACCCUCAAGCUCAGCACCAUCAAGCGCCACAUCCGCCAGAAGCACCCCUACUCCGGCGCCUGGGGGCCCCGCGAGAAGCAGCUCGUCCUCCGCUCCUGGGACGCCCACCUGGGCCUCGCCGCCGCCCCGCCGGGCCCCGCCGCCGCCCCCCCGCCAGGCUCCCCGGGCGCCCCCGCCGCCCCCCCGGCCCCCCGCAGCCGCCCCCGCCGGGGCCCGACGCCGCCCGCCUCCCCCCGCGCCAAGGGGACGUCGCCGCCGCCGCCGCCGCCGGGGCCACCGCCACCGGGGACGGCGCCGAGGCCGGGGACGGUGACGGGGACGGGGCCGGGGACGGUGACGGGGCGCUCGGUGCGGGGGUGGCUGCGGGCCGAGCUGCUGCUGGACCUGGAGGCGGCGGGGACGCGGCUGCGGUGCCUCCUCUGCGCCCGGGCCCUGCCCACCCUGCACCUGGGGGACAUCCGCCGCCACGCGCUGCAGGCCCACCCGGCCUCGCUGGCCCUGGGGACCCCCGCCCGGGGGGCCCUGCUGCGCGCCCGCCACCCCCCCGGCGCCCCGGAGCCGCCCAGCCCCGAGGAGGAGGAGGACGAGGAGGAGGAGGAGGAGGCCGAAGGCUCGGGGGGCGCCGGGCCGCGGCGGGAGCCGCUGGCGGACUGCGAGGACGGGGACACCCGGGGGGCCACCAGCCCCCCAGCGUCACCCCGCGCCGGCCCCCCGCCCGCCUGCACCGCCUAGGCCCGGGGGACACCGAGGCCCAGAGCCACCGGGACCCAGGGGACACCGAGGCCUGGAGCCACCUGGACCCGAGGGGACAUCAAGGCCUGGAGCCACCGGGACCCAGGGGACACCGAGGCCUGGAGCCACCUGGACCCAAGGGGACACCGAGGCCCAGAGCCACCAGGACCUAAAGGGACAUCAAGGCCUGGAGCCACCAGGACCCGAGGGGACACCGAGGCCUGGAGCCACCCGGACCUGAGGGGACACCAAGGCCUGGAGCCAUCUGGACUUGUGGGGACACCGAGGCCUGGAGCCACCCGGACCCGAGGGGACACCGAGGCCUGGAGCCACCCGGACCUGAGGGGACACCGAGGCCCAGAGCCACCGGGACCCAGGGGACACCAAGGCCCGGAGCCACCGGGACCCAGGGGACACCGAGGCCUGGAGCCACCAGGACCUAAGGGGACACCGAGGCCUGGACGGACGCAGCCACGGGCCCCCGUCACCCCCCGAGUCCCCGGACGUGGCCGGGGGGGGUCGAGCCAGGAGCGCCCUGGGGCUGGGGGGGGACCCUCAUGGUCCCCCACGGUGACAUUGGUGUUCUGCGGUGCCAUCAGCCCCCCCCCAGAGCUGUGGGUCCCCUCAAUGGUGGCACCGGUGCCCUGUGGGUCCCCUCGACGGUGGCACUGGUCCCAGUGGGUCCCCGCAGGGGUGUCACUGGUGUCCCAAGGGUCCUCCAAGAGCUGUGGGUCCUCCUGACAGUGUCAUUGAUCCCCUGUCGUCCCCUCAAUAAUGUCACCAGCCCCCCGUGGGGUCACUGGUGCCCCGUGGGUCCCCUCGAUGCCAUCCCCUGUCCCCCCACGGGCCCCCCCACGGUGUCACUGGUGCCCCAUGGAUCCCCUCAAUGGUGUCACCAGCCUCCCAUGGUGUCACUGGUGCCCUGUGGGUCCCCUCGAUGGUGUCACUUGUCCCCCAUGGGUCUCCUCAAUGGUGUCACCGGUGCCCCAUGGUGGCACCAGCAACCCAUGGGUCCCCUAGACGGUGUCACCAGCCCCCCGUGGGUCCCCUAGACGGUGUCACCGAGCCCCCAUAGUGUCACCAGCACCCUGUGGGUCCCCUAGACGGUGUCACCGAGCCCCCAUAGUGUCACCAGCACCCUGUGGGUCCCCUAGACGGUGCCACCCAUUCCCCCAUGGGGUCCCCCACAGUGUCACCAGCCCCCCAUGGGUCCCCUCGAUGGCAGCAUCGAUCCCCCCACGGUGUCACCAGCCCCCCGUGGGUCCCCUAGACAGUGUCACCAGCCCCCCAUGGGCCCCCAUAGUGUCACCAGCACCCUGUGGGUCCCCUAGACAGUGUCACCGAGCCCCCAUAGUGUCACCAGCCCCCGGGGGUCCCCUCGACGGUGUCACCACCCCCCCGGGUGCCCCCCACGGUGUCACCAGCCCCCCGUGGGUCCCCUAGACAGUGUCACCGAGCCCCCAUAGUGUCACCAGCCCCCCGUGGGUCCCCUCGACGGUGUCACCACCCCCCCCGGGUGUCCCCCACGGUGUCACCGAGCCCCGGCGGUGCCGGGGGGGGACGGCGGAGGAAGGGGCGAGGCGGCCGCCUCCGGCGCGCAGCUUUUAUUACCGGCGCGGCAGGGCCGGGCGGGGGGACGCCGGGGCCCCGCCGCCGCCUCGGGGGGGUCACGGUGACCCCGGGGGGGGGGACACGGCGGCGGUGGCCCCCCCCGGCCCCCGCAGCGUUUACAGCAGUUACAGACGUUUCACCUCGGCGGCGAAAAUAACAUUAAAAAACGGAGAAGAAG